UUCGCAGAACAACAUUCAGUCCCUUGAGGGAGACCGUGUUGCGCAUGCGCACCUAAUGUAACGAGAUGGCGGAGAGUGCGGAACUGAAGCAAAUGGUAAUGAGCCUUCGAGUUUCUGAGCUCCAAGUGUUGUUGGGCUAUGCAGGACGGAAUAAGCAUGGGCGCAAACAUGAACUUUUGACCAAAGCUCUCCACCUACUCAAGGCUGGCUGCAGUCCUGCUGUGCAGAUGAAGAUCAAAGAACUCUACAGACGGCGGUUCCCAACCAAAAUGGUUUCGCCAGUGGACCUAGCUCUUCCUGUUGUUCAUUCUGCGACCAGCUUGCCCACUGGCCUUGCUCAGCUAGGAUUCGAUGGCCACAGCUCUCCUUCACCACUGCUGCCUGUUUCUCUUCUCGGACCUAAACAUGAGCUGAGUCUGCCACACCUCUCCUCUGCCCUGCACCCUGUACACCCUGACGUCAAGCUCCAGAGAUUGCCAUUCUACGAUGUUCUAGAUGAGCUCAUUAAGCCAACAAGCCUGGUUUCAGACAACAGUCAGCGCUUCCAGGAAGCAUGUUAUGCCUUUGCAUUAACACCACAGCAAGUUCAACAAAUUAGCAGCUCAAUGGACAUAUCUGGGACCAAAUGUGACUUUGCUGUUCAAGUUCAACUAAGAUUUUGCUUAUCAGAGACGAGCUGUCCGCAAGAGGACCAUUUCCCCCCCAAUUUGUGUGUGAAGGUUAAUGGCAAACCAUGUAAUCUCCCAGGAUAUCUCCCUCCCACAAAAAAUGGGGUGGAACCAAAAAGGCCCAGUCGUCCUAUAAACAUAACAUCUCUUGUACGGCUAUCUACCACUGUACCCAACACUAUUGUGGUGUCUUGGACAUCAGAAAUUGGAAGGUGUUUUUCUAUGGCGGUGUAUUUGGUAAGACAGCAGUCAUCUGCAGUGUUGUUACAAAGACUACGGGCCAAAGGGAUUAGGAAUCCUGACCACUCAAGAGCCUUGAUCAAGGAGAAACUGACAGCGGAUCCAGAGAGUGAGAUAGCGACCACCAGUCUGCGAGUUUCUCUGCUUUGUCCUCUGGGAAAGAUGAGGCUGACCAUCCCUUGCCGAUCAAUGACAUGCUCACACCUACAGUGCUUUGAUGCUACACUUUAUAUCCAAAUGAACGAGAAGAAGCCGACGUGGGUGUGUCCGGUUUGUGACAAGAAGGCACCAUAUGAGCAUCUUAUCAUAGAUGGGUUGUUCAUGGAAAUCCUGAACAGCUGCUCUGACUGUGACGAAAUCCAGUUCAAGGAAGAUGGAAGCUGGGCCCCCAUGAAGUCAAAGAAAGAAGUUCAGGAGGUGUCGGCUUCCUACAACGGCGUGGACAGCGAUUUGUCUAGAACAGACUCGCAUGAACAUAAACGAGGGUCGUCUAAUGACAACAACAAGAAAGUGGAUGUGAUUGAUUUGACACUGGAUACCUCCUCAGAAGACGAGCAGGAUGACGAGCCCCCUCCGAAACGGGUCUGUCCCUCGCUUUCUCCAGUCUCUCCGCCUCCAAACAAAGGAGUGUUGAACCUGCACAGCCAAGCUUCACCUGUGGCCAGAACUCCCAGUAUGCCCCCUGUGGAGAGCAGCUACAUUCCUCCUCCGCCUCCUCUUAUUCAGGACUACCGCCACUAUUAUCACACAAGUGAUCUGCCUGAUCUGAACUUUUUCUCCUUCCUCCAAAGUGACAAUCAGCAUUACAACAUGGUGAUGGCUGCUGCAGCGGCCGCAUCAGCGUCUGCGCCAGAGGACCACGACCUGCUCCUCAACCGCUUCCUGCCCUACAGCUCCUCCCAGAUGCUACGGGAGCAGUCGGCCACCCCUGGGGGCAGCACCCUGGCGACCGCCAAUGGAGGCAGCAACAGCGGCAGCACCAGCAGUUUGGUGUCUUCCAGCAGUCUACGGGAACGCGAAAAAGAAAGAGACAGCCACGGCCUUUCUGGAUUGUCACGGUCCUCUAUGGAGGCAGCGGCGGCGGCGGCCAUUUACGGCUCCUUAUCUGACGUUAUCUCUCUUGACUAGAUCCACGGCGAACUGAAUCAGACCUCGAACAGGAGUUCUUUGUAAAUAUUGAAAGUGGAAGAUGAAAGAAUACAGUGCUAUGUACAGAGAGGAAAAAUCUAUUUUCAAUUUUACUUAUCAUAUGUAUAUAUAAACUUGGGACGCUUCUUGUCCAGUGCGUUACUUCCGUUGAUAUUUUUGUGUGAAUACUGAAGACUUUUUCCACACCUCUUCAUGUGGUCUUUGAUUAUAUUGUAGCUUUUGUACCUGGUUUUUACAGUUUGUUUCAAUAUUUUAUGUCAACGGCAUUAUUUCAGCAUACAUGCACAGUCCCCAGGCAGUCAACACCAAACGGGACAUAUUUAGAAUAUAAAGAAAACAGGCUUGUUGUUGAUGAAAGGUGAGCCUCAGCAACACGGGAGAAUGUGUAGCACUUUAUGUUCUAAAUGGUGUCAUCUUUGUCAUAAUGUUUUGACAGCAGAAAGAUUGGCCAUUUGUUUUAUUUUUGCCAUCAUUGUACAUUUAUUUUCUCUUAACACAUUCAUGCUGUGGUUGUUAUUUUUAAAUAAUUAUUUAUGAUGUAAGUUAUAUUAGGUGUGUGCUAUUUUUGAAAGAAGCAUUCCUAUGCCUCUUGGAACUGUUGCCACUAGAAAUGCAGGAGAGAGUGCACGAUCCUUGUGUUUCAUUACUGCGCUCUUUCUCUUCUUGCUCAUCGUAGUCGAAUCAAAGAACAGUGAAUCAUGUAUUAUUGCUCAAACUCUACAUAAUCUACACCUUAAUUGGGAGAAAGUCAGAUUGAUCAGACUGUUUCAGUGUGUGAAUGAAGGGCACUGGUCCAGCUAGCACUCACUAUUGGACCUUGAUAUAUAUAUAUAUAUAU